ACCGCAGUUUCAAUACGUAUUUUUAGUUGUAUGUAACAACUAACAGCAGUAAGAACUGUACAGGAACUUAUAUUUGCCAUACAGAUUGUUUGUGUUAGUGAUCAUUAGAAAACCAUCCGAUUCUGCUAACGUACUUCAGAAAAUGGCAUCAUGGACUGGAUUAUCUGGAUAUCCAAAAGAAAUUGCCACUGGAAACUCUGUUGAUAAAAAAUUCAUUUGCAACAGAUGUGGCAAUAUUUUACGAGAACCAGUGCAAGCGACCUGUGGGGACAGGUUUUGUAGAGGAUGUGUAGAGGUUUUGUUUCAAGAUGGGGCAGAACAAAAAGAGUGUCCUAGACCAAAUUGUAUGGAUGAAGAUGACAGCACUCAGAGGAGUGUUAUCAGUAAAGCAGAGAUUUUUCCUGACAAUGCUAUAAAGCGCGAGAUCAACCGCAUGAAAGUACAUUGUAUCAACAAAGACUGUAAAUGGAAUGGAAAGUUCAAGGAAUAUGAGAGCCAUUUCCCCGUCUGUGAGUUUAGAAUGGCCUUGUGUGCUGCCUGUGGAAGUGAAGUCAAGAUGAAUGAGAUGGAGAGACAUCUUAGAGAUGUCUGCCCUAAAGCCCAGCUACCUUGCAGUGACUGUGGGAACUUGAUAACAAGAGAGGACUGGGAACAACACCAGGUCUCCCAUAGAAGCGUUUUGUGCCCAGCCUGUCCUUCUGGGACUACUGUUGAUAGGGAAGCUUUUCACGACCAUUUCAACAGGGAGAGGCACAGCACAUACGUGUUCCACGCUUUACAUAGCAGUUCUACUGAAAUACAGCGCGUGGCGACUGAGCUUGCUUUAAUCAAGGAUGAUAUCUUGGCAAGAGUUCAGUUACUGGAUGAAAGGAUUGUAGCUAUUAACGCAGGAGGUGGCUCUAGUUCUGGUGUCCUGAAUCCAGACCAGCGUGUGAGACAACUAUUCGAGCAGAUGUCCAAAAGCUUGAAUGACCGAGUAGACACGAAAACAGGCACAUUUGAAGGCAUAGCGAAUACCUUACACAGAGAACUGGACAAGGUCAUCUCAGCUAUAGAAAAGCUAGAAAAUCACCGUAGAAACAUGAAAGAUGUGGUUGACUCUAGCGCACAGAGGAUUAAUGCUUUGGAGCAGACAUUGAGGGUUAGGGAGUCAAAGAUUAUCGAGUUAGAGCAGAAGUUGAUGGACAAUAAUCCCUUGGUGACCUAUAAUGGGGUGUUCAUAUGGAAGUUCACGGACUUCUUACGAAAACAGCAGGAAGCACAACAAGGGAGAAAUGUAAGCCACUACUCCACUCCAUUCUUUACGAGCAGGUUCGGCUAUAAAAUGUGUGCGAGACUGUACCCAAAUGGAGAUGGAAUGGGCAAAGGCACUCACUUGUCGGUGUUUUUCGUUGUUAUGAAGGGGGAGUAUGAUGCUCUGCAGGAAUGGCCCUUUAAACAGCGGGUUACAUUUUGCCUGCUGAACCAAGAAAGGGGAAGCCAUGUAGUGGAUUCCUUCCGACCUGACCCAACCAGUUCCUCGUUUCGUCGUCCACAAAACAAUAUGAACAUUGCCUCCGGAUGCCCUCUGUUUGUGAGACUGGAUGCACUCGUAAGCCCUGGAAAUGGACUGUUAAAAGAUGAUACCGUCUUCUUGAAGAUUAUUGUGGAUAGUACAGACAUCCGUGAUCCUUCAUCCCCAUUGGAUAGUACGGCAGCAAAGGCCUAGUAUAACUAUCAUCACCUUUUUAAUGGAACAGUUUUACUUUAUAAUUUUC